AGAGCGAUUUUUAAUUAGAUAUAACCAAGUACAACGUGAAUAUUCAUCAAUAAAUGUAGUGAAGUAUUGAAACUCAUAUACAUAGACAACACGACUUGGACCCCAAAUAUCAUAAUAAACUAAAGCAAAAGGGGACACAACCCGGUUAACACGCUUAGGAAAAGACACUCGAGAAUGUUUACCUAAUUGAUGAGACUCGCAACCAGGGACGAAGGGGGUGGGGUGACUCGCUCAUGCUGUAGUCACCCCCAAGUUUGCAAAUUUUCUAACGAGUACUCAUAAAUAAAUAAUUUUUUAGUACCACCCUCUUAUAUCCAGUAGGUAAAGUAGAGUACUAGGAGACUUAUCUUUUUUUCUUGCCAACUUCUGUCCCACACCACACACUUCUCUUUCAUUUGUCAUUUCUCCUUCUUUCUUGGUGGCCCCCAUUUCAUUCUUUUUUUUCUUCUUUUACUUAGCUUACACACAACACACACAAAUAAAUUAUCUCUCUCUCCUUCAUUCUUCACCAGCAAAGUUUGAUAUUAUGCAAAACACAUUUUUCACUUAAUCCUUGAAGCUUGCUUUGGACACUUGAGCUCAAAGAACUCCAUUUUUAUGGUACUGGCUGCUUAUACAACUGAAAUUGCAAGUCUAGUUGCAAAUGAUGAUAUUGAAACAGGAGGGAGGGAAAAUCAAGUUGGCACGUUACAAAGACUUGGAGACACUAGAUGAGGUUCCCACUACAAUUCAUAUGUAGCCUUUUACGCUUGUAUGAUUCAACUACCUCAGUUCUUGAAGACUUGGCUAUUAAAGGAUCUAAUUAUUCUCAACGAGUUGAUGUCACUUAUGCUUUAAAGGCAUUGAUAUCAUUUGAAUUUGUUUUUAUUUUACAUUUGAUGAAAGAACUUAUGAGAAUCACUGACAAACUCUGUCAAACUUUUCAGCAAAAGUCUCAAGACAUUUUUAGUGCAACUUGUUUAGUUUCUAGCACAAAAUCGUUAAUUCAAAAUUUAAGAGAUUUUGGUUGGGAUGCUCUUAUGGAAAAUGUUAGAUCCUUUUGUGAUAGUCAGUUUAUUGAAGUUCCUAAUAUGAGCUCUUCUUUCUCUGAUAUAAUUCGAUCUCAUCACCAAAAGGAUUCAGUGACAGUAGGGCAUCAUUACCAUAUUGAUGUAUUGAAUACUUCCAUACAUCAUCUAUUGAAGGAAUUGAAUAACAGGUUCAAUGAGAAAGCAAUUGAGCUUCUUAAACUGAGCACAAAUUUAGAUCCUAAAUAUUCAUUCAAGUUAUUUAAUGUUUGGCAUAACUGCAGUCUUGUUGAGAAAUUGUACUCUUCAGAUUUUUCUGACCAAGAGAAUAUUCUAUUAGAAUCUGAAUUGCAACAUUACGAGUUUGAUGUGCUAAAAGAUGUUAGCUUUCAAAAUUUGUCCACUGUUGGUGAAUUGUGUCAAAAGUUAGUUGAGACGGAAAAAUCAAUUGCAUAUUCUUUACUUGAUAGAUUGCUACGACUUGUUUUGACUCUUCAUGUAUCAACAACAACCACUGAACGUGCUUUUCAGUUAUGAAAGUUAUAAAAACAAGGCUGCACAACAAGAUGAAAGAUGAUUUUCUCAUUGAUUACGUGAUUGUUCAUAUUGAAAAGGAAGUUGCUGAAAAAUAUACCACAUAUAUGAUAAUUGAGGAUUUUUACUUUAUGAAACGACGACGAGCACAACUUCAGUCUUCAAGUGUGAAGGUAUAUAUGUUUGAUAUUAUUAUAUGUUUUACGAUAUUAAGUAUAAAUAUAUUUAAUAACUUAUUUAUACUUUUCAGGUUUCAUCUUCAUCUAGAAGAUAGAGGGACUUUCGUGCUAGUAGCUGUUUUGGGUAUGGAAAUAUUUUAUGGUUCUUCUAUGCGAUUAUCUGCUCUGAACUUACAGUGGGCUACUUUUUCUACUACCUUUUAAGAGGGCACA